AUGCUGCUUCGUUACGCACUGGACGUAGCUCCACUUUGGAACUCCUCAGAAGAGUUUGCCGAAGCUCUCAAUCUUCUGCCAGCCCUAAUAAGACCAUCGGUGACAAAGUUCUACUUCCCCGCCGAUCGCAAGCUCGCUCUUGGCUCGCAACUACUUCAGCGCUUUGUCGUUUCAAAAGUUUAUAGCAAUGGGAGGCCCAGUGCUGAUAUACCAACACUUUCCUCGAUUUCGAUAACUCGGGAUGCUGAGAGUGGGCGACCUUCCUAUCACACUCCCGCUGAGCUUCUAGAGAAGUGCAAUGGACUGGUACUUAGGGAUUACAACGUCUCGCACCAUAACCCAAAGUCGUCGAAUUCUGAUUCGACACCGUGCCUUGUGAUCCUGGUGGCACGUGUUACUGCUGCAACAUUGUCUUCACCCGCUCUUAGGGUUGGAGUAGAUCUGGUGCCUACAAUCCACAACCGAGGCAACACAUCUGCCGCAGACUUCCUGGAGACCUUUAGGGAUUCAGAUGUUUUUACUAAAAAUGAGAUACGGGCUAUAUACUCCCCGCCGCUGGAGGGAGAUCGGGUCAAGAUGAUGUAUCUACAUUGGGCACUAAAGGAGGCAUACUGUAAAGCUCUUGGUAAGGUUGAGCAGAGAGAGAGAGAUACCCAGGUGAAAGUUUUUGUCGAUGGAACCCAGAGGGAUGAAUGGAUGUUGGAGAUAGGGAAGCUAUCUGGGGAUCACUAUGUUGCGAUCGCCACGGAUUCUUGGAGCGGUGAAGAGGAGGCUGAGGAAACCGGAAAGUGGUUAUGGAUAGAUUUCGGCAAGGACAUCUUAAGCAUUUGGAGCUGA